UUUAGUCUUCGGUCUGCGCUUUCAACACACAGCACGGCUUGGCAUCGACAAUCGACACUGGCAGUGUUGCUCUCUGCCGUCCGAAAGAAAAGUCACCGAUAUCCAGCCGAUACGGUUUAGUCCAGUGCAGUGCAGGAUACAGAUUGCGGCAGCCGAGGGCGACGUCUCACAUCAGAAGAAGGGCAAUCGGAGAAGAAAAAAAACCGUGCCGAAAUAUUUGCUAUUCCGCAACAACACCAAGCUAGCUAAAUGUGCAAAAGUUCGAAGGUUCAGUGGUUUGACUAGUGUUUUAAGAUUUAGAAGGAUAUUCUAAGCUGAGGAUCUCGGCAUCCCGUGGCUCAUACCGGGCGGUUUCUGUGGCCCUUUAUGAAUGAUAUUUUUUCCCAUCGCACAACAAAGCUAGACACUGCGCUCAUUGACAACAUUCAGAAGUGAUAAUGGAAGCUGACAUGGACGAGAUUAUCGCCGGACUGAAGAAUGCAACCCUAGAGAAGAGUGCCGGACGGGCUCUGCCACUUCUCAAACAAAUCUCCGAAGCCGAAUCCAACCUGUGCGACAAGUAUGACAUCAAGUCGGAUCUGCUGGAUUUGCUGUCGCUGGAUGAUCAGAACAUCCGCGUCCAGGUGGCCCGAUGUAUUGCCGAGGUUGCUAAAACGGAGGCCCAGCGUGAAAAGUUUACCAAGGAGGACGUUAUUCAAAAGUUGAUAUCUUUUCUCUCGGUUAAGGAUGCUACGGUUGGAAAUCUAGAGCUGAACAUUCAAGUUUGCCGAGCGCUUGGUAACAUUUGCUAUGCCAAUGACGAUGCUCGUAACAUCAUUAAACACAUCAAGGGGGACGAACAAAUAUUUGCGCUGCUAGAUUUGGACCUGGAUAUGGACGACGAGGAGAAGGAUCAGUUUGUCCGAGUGCGAUGUGGCUUGAUAUCCAAUUAUCUUCUGGGCAGUGAUGACAUCGCUGAACGAGCAGUUGAGUUGCUUAUUAUUGGGAAGAUUCAAAAGAUACUCAUUCGCUGCGUCGAGGAUGUGGAUAAGUACGAGGAACUGCUAUUGAAUGUGUUGCCUCCAUUGAGCAUAUUAACGGAACAGAUUCCUGAUCUGUACUUUGAACCGACGUUGAAUAAACUGAUUGCUCAAAUACUAGCCAAAUGUACUAACCCGGACCUGGCAGAAUCCUGUCUGGCAUUGUUACAUUACGAGGCCCAGAAUGAUGACGUUAAAUUGCUUUUGGCCGAGGAAGGACUUUGCGAAACUAUUUACAAACUGUUGGAAAAGUACAAAACAUUUGCCAACACAGAUGAAGCACGAGUUCUGAUGAAGCUAGCCUGUGAUCUGAUCGUACUUAUUCUUACCGGAGACAAAUCAAUGCAUUACUUAUACAAAACUCCACUUCUUAAGUACAUGGAAGAUUGGUUGGAUUCUACCGAUGUCGAGUUGCUGACUACCGGGGUGCUUGCGCUGGGAAAUUUUGCCCGGACCGAUAGCCAUUGCAUCUAUAUGGUGGAGCACAAAAUCAUGCAAAAACUGUUGGCUAUAUUGUCUAAAAACAAUGGCAUAGAUCAUCAGAUGACUCUGCAGCAUGCUUUGCUAAGCACCCUAAAAAAUCUCGUUAUUCCAAAACCCAACAAGGCGGCAGUGAUCGAGGCCGGACUGGUCGAAAUUAUUUUACCAAUGCUUGAGAUUCAUCAGCCACCGGUCGUGUUCAAACUGCUGGGAACCCUACGAAUGACCAUUGAUGGACAAGAAAAAUUGGCGCGACAAUUGUUGCAGAAUGAAAAACUGAUAAAACAAUUGGUGCACUGGAGCAAGACGUCUGAGUUCACUGGAGUCCUCGGAGAAUCUUUGCGGUUGAUGGCCUGGUUGAUCAAGCACGCUUAUCAUGCUAGCAAGGAUAUUGCAGCUGCAGAUGACACCGGUUUGAGAAAAUUUGUGGCCGUGGAUGGAGCAGUCGAGAGUAUGGUUGGAAUGCUCACCUCGACACAUUUGGUGAUGCAGAACGAAGCACUGAUUGCCCUGAGCAUUUUGACUACUAUUUUCCUGAGCAAAUCUAAUGCCGAUGUAAAACUUGAAGAUCUAGUCCUGAAGGCUGACGUUGGCACAAAACUGGCAGAGCAAAUUACUCUUAAUGGCGAGACAAUGACCAAAGAGAUCGUUGAAAAUUUGCAAACAUUUGUUCGGUUACUAAAAACAUCAGAUGCUUGUCUGGAACAUUUGAAAAAGCACAAUAUAGAUGAACUACUUAAGUCUAUCCCUAGUCUUGUGGAAUAUUGCACGCUCUAAAUGACACCCCUUCAAUCAUUAUAUGGGGCAAAUUAAUCUGAUCUGAUCAAUCUUUACGAUCAGUAUUGUUUUAAUGGUUUUCCCCCUGAUAAACUCUUUACCCAUAAAACUCGAAAUGUAAGAAAUCGUAAAGUGAUUUAAUAUAUUUAUUCUUUCCAGCCGCUUUUUCCGGAGGGAAACAGAAAACGAUAUUCCCAUGUUUGCCAACGCAUAGUGGAAUGGUUAUUCGAUACCAUUGUAGUGUUUCUAGUGAUUUUGCAAGCAAUUUUAGUGGUUUUCUUUCAAAUUAAAUGGAGCAAUGGGCGUUCAAACGUCAGCAAUUCAGUUUUUAUCGUAGUUGUACAACUUAAGGCUAGAUAAAUUCCAAAAAUCUUAUAUAAAAACAACUACAGAUAACAGAAAAACAAUCAUUGCAUUUAUUGGAUAUUUAUCGAAGAAUAUAAAGAAGAUAAUAAUUAGUUAAACUAAUGUCUGUAGAUUUACAAACAAAUCUAUGAAUAUUUGACAUGAAAUUAUUGAAAUUCUCAAACACCAAAUCUUUCCCGCUUUCUAUAACCUAUAAACUUUUCAUCAGAGAACAGAGUAGUUGGAAGUUCGGAAGUACCCCUGAAGACAACUGUGACGCACUUGCAAUUUUUCUUACAGUCGUGUUUAAACCUCGAAACCAUUAAACUCACCGCUUUUAUGGUCUAUGAUAGGAAUGUUAAAAAUGGUUAUUCAUGGAUGCUACUCAAUCCGAUGUGACAUACAUAUAUAACAAGAAAUAUUAAAGAUCGUUAUUUACAGAAAUAUCGUCACGUUGUUUGCGUUCCAUCUCUGUCAAAAGAUGAGCAAAUAAAAUAUGAACCUUGUUCAGAAAGUUUUACAUGCAAGUUUAUCCAGCUACGAAGGUUGAAAUCUUGAAAUUUUCUAUUUCCAAUGUUUCGAUAGAAAGUAAAAACAGUUCAACCAGAAAACCACUUACGUAAGAACAGAGAACAUUAACGCCACAUCGAAAUAACUUAAUACGCAUAUUGUGAAGAAGAAAAAAAACGCACGCAUGAAAUAAGAAAACGCACGGUGACAUGACCGUUUCCGUGACUUUAUGGAGAAUAACAUUAUUUCACAUACACACAACAUAGGCAUUUCAGCAGGCACCAAUCAGUCAUACAUACGAUCACCGUAAUUUAAUAAAAAAAAGAAAGGAUUGUAGUAUUGAUCUAGAAAUUAUCGCGAAAUAAAAUGCUCUUAUUCAUA